GGCGUAUAAUUUAUACUCUCGGAGGAUCGAGAGGACUUGGCGAAUAUGCUGGAGGUGGGACUCGACGGUGGGGCUAAAGAUGAGGAUGUCAUCAAGGUACAUGACGACACAGACUUCGAGGAGGUCACGGGAGAUGUGAUUCAUGGUGGACUGGAAUGUGGCGGGGGCAUUGGUGAGUCGGAAAGGCAUUACGAGGAACUCAUAGUGCCCGAACCGAGAGCGGAAUGCGGUCUUAUGGAUGUCCUCCUCGCGGAUACGGAUCUGGUGGAAGCCACUGGAAAGGUCAAUCUUGGUGAAAUAUUUGGCUCCACGAAGUCGUUUUCAAGGAGCUCAUUGAGUUGCCGCUUCAUUUCUUCGGUUUCGUGGACCGAGAGUUGGUAUGGAGGGCGGCACGGUGGAGAAUGUCCGGGCUCCAAAUCGAUGGUAUGGGAUACACCACGAUCCGGAGGUAAUCCGGCAGGCAGGGACUUAGGGAAGACGUCCUUGAACUCGUCGAGGAUAGAGGUGGGGAUUUCGUUGACACGGAAUGAUGGGGGGAUUUUGCCUUCUCUGGGGUUAAUGGUGGCAAGGGUAUUGAAAUCAAGGGUGGGAGAGGUCGAACAAGGGGUUGUCGUCUUGGGCGAGGGGGGAGGUGGAGCGACCAUGGUGGAGGUAGUGGUGGAUGAGGGUGGGGGUGUACAGGUGGACGGUGUUGGUGUGGAGGUUGAAGCGGAGGCUUGUCCGGAGGAGGGGGUGGGUUGGGGUGUGGAGGAGGGGGGUGUGGUCGUGGUGACAACCGUGAUGCCGGGGGAGUUUCCCUCAAGAGUGGUGAAACGAUCGGAGAUGGCGGACAUGGUGGUGUUGAUGUUGGUGAGGGAGGAUCUGAGGGCGGUCAACGUUUGGACUCUGGAGGAUAGGUGCGAGUUCCGGGGUGGUGGUCGAAGUUGGCUGAUCGCCUGCGAGUUCGCGGGCAAUGUUGUUGACGGAGUCGGAACAAAGAUCAGAGAUGUUGAUGGAAGAUUGGGCCAUGGUGGGGGAAGAGGGGGUGGAUGAUGUGGCCGGAGCAGAAGUGGAGGCGGUAGCAGCGGAUGUGAUAGCGGCAUAGGUGGCCGCGGCAGCGGCAGCGGCAGCGGCAUAGGUGGCCACGGCAGCGGCAGCGGCGUCGACGGCGACGCGUUGGGAGGUCUUGGUUUGGCGUGAUGGCAUGUGGAGAUGGGGGGAACAAUUCCUAUUUACAAGAAUAGAACGCCGUCAAGUGAUUCAGCAAUGAAGGUAGCAGAGAAUC